AUGUCGCAUCCCUGCAUCUUUGACAGCCUUUCAUCAGAACCGCUCAGCCUGGGGAGGAAAGUAAGGUGGAGGCUUUUCCACAGCAGCGGGAGACCCACGCUACGGAAGGAAAAUAAAAUUCAGGGGACUGGCCGCCGUGUUUUGCCCCGCGAGCAGGCGUUUGCCCCUCGGCGCCGCCUCGCUGCUGUCCUGCCGGCUCGCAGCAGAGGCGCUCCCCGGCACACGACGCCUUGCUCUGCAGGAAGUCCUCACCGCUUGGUGAUUGAUGCAACUUCAUUAAGUUGGGGCACCAGAGUUAAAGGCUUCGUUGCUUGUUUUGCAAUAGGAUGCCUGUGCUCUGUCUUGGGUAGUUGUCUGCUAUGGAUACCAAAGAAAGGACUGAUUCUCUUUGCAGUGUUUUACACAUUGGGGAAUAUUGCAUCUAUUGGGAGCACCGCUUUCCUCAUGGGACCAAUGCGACAACUGAAAAAGAUGUUUGAGUAUACUCGUUUGAUUGCUACUGUUGUUAUGCUAUUGUGCCUCAUACUAACACUGUGCUCUGCUUUCUGGUGGCACAAUGCAGGAUUGGCACUCCUUUUCUGCAUCUUACAGUUUUUUGCCCUGGCAUGGUACAGCAUUUCCUUCAUACCGUUUGCAAGGGAUGCUGUGAAGAAAUGUUUUUCUGUCUGUCUGACCUAACAGGAAUACUGGAUGCUUCACAAAGUUCUCGGAAGUAUAGUAGAACUAUGUUAAGAUCACUGUGUAUGUGUUUUCCUACUUCUGUUUUAAAUGCGUGCCUUUCAGCUUAUUGUUGGAGGUUCCUUGUCUUAAAUCCAGUAUGUGCAGUUACUUGUUUUUGUAAGCAAUGAUGCCUGUAGGACAGGGUGCUCAUGUGAUUUAAAUGAAGUUCAGUCUGGCAGAAGAACUGGGCAGAACUUGUUAUAAUAAUUCAUAUGUAAAAUCAUGCACUUGUUUGGUUUUGCAAAAUUAGCACUGAAAGUGAUGUAUGAAGUCUGUAAAGCAGAGUCCUUGAUUCUGGGACUAAACCAGUUUGGAGGAUCUGGUCUUCAAGAAAGGAAAUCAGUUGGCAACUGAUUUCCUACUGAGAACUUUUCUUAUUCUUUGCACUGUUUACCUUGGAUAGUGGAAUACUGCUGUUCUGCCCUUUUUCUGCCUCUCUUACAAAAUCUUAGGUUUAUGAUGCUGCUACAAGGUUCAUUUCUAAAUGGAAAGACUGUUUUGGAGUGAGUACUUAUGAAAUGUAGGCUUCUUCAAUGAAGUAUUUCACUUCUUGGUUUAGACUGACUGUUUCCUUAAAAUUCACGAAAGGGACGCUUCAUCUGCAAAAACUUGUUCCCGGGGGAAAGCACUUGCAAACUAAGGUAAAUAGAAACUUUCUAGCUGCCAGCAACCUGAGUUCUUUGUCUUGCCUACAACUACAGUAGUAUGUUAUCAGGCAAGAAACAGUAGUAUGUUAUCAGAUGAAGUGAGGUGCCUCUCUUCUUCCCCAGCUGUUAGUAUAGGAGAAUUGCAAAACUGAGGACUUAAUAGUUAAGCUAAGCAAGAAUUUGGGUCUCUUGUCAGAGGACAAACUUGUUGCUGAUAAGGUGGAAGUGAUAAAGUGUUAAGUCAGCAGAGCAUUGGGUAGGGACAAGACAUCCUUUUGAAUUUAUGAAUAAGCUAAAACUCCAACAUGUCUUUUUUGUAAAUGGCUUCAAUUUUGUUUCUCCUAAAGCUCUCAAACACGCUAGUGCAUUUCUCCUUUUAGGAGAAAGGACAGCUUGCUAUGGGCUGCCUUAGCAAAGAAAGCAUGUAACAGUCCAGGUGCCAGCUCCAGACAAAUGCUGAACGUGCCUCCCAAUUAGGAUUAUUUCAUACAGCCAAAUUUCAAGGCCAACUUUGUAUUAUUUUAUUCUUCUGAGCUAUGUAUAAUUUUUUUCCC